CGGACCCGAUCGCACACCCGAGCCCGAGCCCAGCCCCGAAGACCAUAUCAGCAGGAGCACAAUGAAAGUCAAGCGGCAAAAGACAAACAAGAAGACCAUGACCGUGUUCACUCGGUCCUAUGGCUUUCGUGAGCCAUACCAGGUGCUUGUCGACGGCAACUUCAUCAAAGUGUCGCUGGACAUGCGAGCCGAUGUUCGAAACACCCUCCCAGCCGUAUUGGUGGGCCAGGUCAAGCCAAUGACGACAGGUUGUGUGAUUGCCGAACUGAGGUCGCUUGGAGAAGAAUUUAUGGGAGCCGUCAUAGCCGCCAAGCGCUUUGAAAAGCGACGGUGCACCCACCACCAGCCCAUCCCUGCAGCCGACUGCAUCGGCGAGAUCAUCGGAUCCAGCAACAAGCACAAAUACGCCGUGGCGAGCCAGGACGUCCAGCUGCGAGUACAGCUCCGCAAAGUUCCUGGAACACCGCUCAUAUACAUCAAAAACAGCGUGACGAUCCUCGAGCCACCAUCGCCAGAGACCAUCAUCCACGCCGAGCAGCUUGAAAAGCGAAAGAAUGAGCCGCUUCCAUUCGAAAUCUCGGUCCGCACCAAGACAGUAGCCGAGGCGGAGCCACAGUCGGAGACGUCCCCGACACCAGCAAAGAAAAAGAAGGCAAAGGGCCCCAACCCUUUGUCCCAAAAGAAAAAGAAGCCAAAGACCUCUGCGCCUCCAUCUCAGUCAAAUCAAAAUGUCGGGCCGGUUCUGCUUGGUGAUGAAACAGCAGCCGCUCUCGAGGGUGCUGCUGCCGUUGUGGGGACAAAACGGACGCGCGACGACGACGAUCAUGCCAGCAAGGAUGAUGACGAUCAUAAGGACGGCACAGACGAUGAGCACCAGGAACUUCCAAGCCCAUUGACGGACGCCACCGAAAGCACAGAUAAAAAGAGAAGGAAGCGACGAAAGCACAAAAAAUCAAAGAAAUCGGGCGAGGCGCUCGACGAGAGCAACGGCAGCGCUGGUGACUCAAGCCCAGCAGAUGCAUAACUGCGAACUUGGGGUGGACCGUGCAGCAGACUCCUGGUAAAUACAGGCGCUAUGUGCAAAUGCA